AUUAUUGUUCUCACUUACACGUUCACUUUCACUUCGCCUACACGUCACUUCACUUGUUUUUACCUAUUACCGUUGUCACCUAAAGUGAAGUGAUGAAAAUGAACACCGUGAAGUGAGAGUGACAGUGAGGUGAUGUUCGGAAUAACCAUGGCGUGUUAUUCAUACUUGUCUGCUUCUGUCGAUUUCUUUUUUAGCAGAAACUUUGUUUUUGUAUUGAAUUGUGCUCUGAUACCGACAGUGAAGAGGAUUAUUUGGUAAAAGCAAAAGUUCUUAUUUAUUUUACUUUAGAGCAAUUUCUUCCUAGCACAUCGCCAAGCUGUCCAGAAUGUACGGAGGGACCGGUGCCAAUCCGUUGUUCUGAACUCACAAUGUUUCCAUACGACAGCGAGUGUUUGGCCAGGACGAAAGAGAACUUCCUCGCCCUCGGGUCGGAAGGUCGGGAAGGUUCAGGAUCAAUCAGCAUCAAUGAAGGCUUUAGUAACAACAUUACCACCAGCUCGCUGCUAAAACAUAGUUAGCCAAGCAACGGCAGUAACAGCGACAGAAACCAGCAACAGAUAGAUUAAACUGGUGGGGCUCUAAACAAAGUACCAGCAUGUUUAUCCACGUCUCCAAUCGACCACCGACUGCGACAAUCAAUGAGAAUGAAGAAACCCAGUGCAGCGGGACUUUUGGGCGUUAGCAGGUCAGUUCUAGUGAACAGCUUGAUGUUGAAGAAAUUAUGCAAUCCCUGCUUUACUUUCAACAUGAACCACUAAGUCGGGCAUUAAGAAAUCCGACAUGUAUGCGGAUCUCGAAGGUAGCAACGGUAUGGUAAAUUUGAACGUUAUGUCAACCAAGCUCCGUGGUAUGGUGGAUGAUUACGUGUCCGUUUCCAGCGUAGUGUACAAGGUAGCAAUGGUCGUUCCCCCGAAGGAUGCAAUAAAGAUAGUACCAGCUCAAAAGGUGGUACCGAGCGUUAAUUCGACGAAAGCCUUUCCCGCACUGUCCGAAUCCGGUGGCAAGCCGGAUGGUCCCGUUAAACCUGCCCAGUGGUUUGUCGCUACUAAGGUGAAUUCGUCUUCGCUCCCACUUGGAGGUGGUGGCUCAGAUGCCACUGGUGGAACAGGAACAGUUUCAUCGAAAAAGAAGCUCCGGCCUCCAACCUGAAGGAGGAAGGCAACUUUGUGAACUUGAAAGCUCCAACUGGAAAGAAAUCUGGCAGGGUGAGGAUAGCAAAGACAAGAACGACAGUAAUACUAGUGUGAUAUGAAAUAACUGUUAUACUUCCAGCUUUUUAAAUGGCUAAUAUUUAAACGUGUAUGUCUUCAAUA